UUUAUUUAGUAAAAGAUUCAUGCUGUAACAACUUCUCUAGAAUAAUGAUGAAGGCAAAGUUUGUGACCGUUUGUAGAUUUUGCAUCCACGCUAUUAGUUUUCUUUGAAAAUACACAUUCAUAUAUUUAAACCGCGUCAUAACUAUUGCGCAAAAAUGUAUAGAAGUAAAAAGGACGUCGAUAAACACGUGGAAACGUUAACAUCUAAAUUGUCACUAAAAGAGUUUAAUAGCCGGGCAUAUUCCAUCGCUCGGUUGUAUUUCGAUGUAGGGGACUAUGCAAGUUGUGUAAAAUACGUUGAACAAUACCUUACAUGCAAAGAUAAAAAUGCCGCCGCGCAUAAACUACUUGGACAGGCAUUUCAAAAGUCAGGACAAAAAGAAAAAGCUCUUGAGCAAUACAAAAUUUCACUUGAUGUUGAUCCAACACAAACAACUACCAUCCUUGACAUUUGCGAGUUGCUAGCUGAUGAUGAAGUUACCAUUGACCCCGGACGUGCAAAAUAUUGGUGUGAAAAAGCAGAAGCUAUUUUUCCAAGACAUACAACAACUUUUCGGCUUAGAGAAAAGCUUUUGAGUAAAUUUAACCCUGAUCCAGAAGCAUUAGUUAAAUUACUAAAAGCAGAGCUUCUAGAAAGGCCAAAGGAAGCACUCCUUCAUGCUCAUUUACUUAAACACUAUUUGAAUUCUAAUCAAAUAAAAGAUGCAUUUGUACACAGUUGUAAUGUAGAAUUUGACAACAAUUUUUUUUCACUAAACAAUGAUUGGUAUGAAAUAAUAUCCCAGGUUUUAAAAAGUUACACUUUUGACUUGAAAGAUUGGCUAUACCAAUUACUUUUGCUGACUGUAAAAGAGAGACUAUGUCUCCUAAGUCUUACAGAAAUACCUAGUGGUUCAUCAAAAAGUUUGAUUGAAUGCAAUGAUUUACUUUUUCAUUAUGACCAAGCAAUAGAAAAUGUUGCUCGUGUUGGUGCACCCAGUGGACACUCAGAAUUUCACUCAUAUCUUUUGCAACACCACAAAGGUCAGCUGGCUUUCCAUACUGCAACUUUUCUACUUAAAAAGGCAAAAAAAGAUCUAAUAAAUUGGAGGGAAAGUACUAGAUUAGCAGAUCCCUUAAUGCUAAUAGCAUGGCAAAUAGUUCCAAUGGAUUCUAAGGUCAAUUGGCUUCACCAUGCUCCAGAAAAACAAAAAAAGGUAGUUCAACGAUGGUACAUAGAGGGUAGCUAUAGAUGUUCACAGUCUGGGCAUUAUUUACUUUCAAAUUGUCAGGAUAAAAGUCAACUGUUUCUAGAUCAAAUAUCACAAUAUUGUUCUAGCCCUGAAUGGAAAGAAAAACUAUACAAAAAACUUUACCCAAUUAGUGAAUAUCAAGCAAAAAUGAAGACAUCUCACAUUACAUCCAAUUCAUUUAAUAUUCCUGCAAUCAGGUUACCAAGAAGAAGUGAAGUUGAGGCUUAUGAUGACAAUGCUCAAAGAGAAUAUCCAAAUUCCUUACAUCAUAUUGUUUGGAUUUUGAUUAAUUACAAAAAUUUAUCUGAUUUUAAAUGUACUCUCUUUGACAUGUUAAUGCCUACUGUUACGAAUAGUGGACCAGAAGCCCUCAGCAAAAUAGAUGUUUAUGCCUUUGCUUACUGUUCUGCAUUAUCAGCAAAACAAAAACAUAAUCAAAAAUUAUAUGCUGCUGAUGAUAGACCACACACUGUACCAGCCAAUAUUACUGAUUUACUUUGUAGUCUUACACAAAUGAAAUGGUGGGAUUGUGCUUAUAAAUUCUGUCAAAAUGAGCUGGGUACAGAGUUAACAGAUAUCCGUGCCACAUUAAGUGCUGGUAUUGAAGUAGUAAGAUGUAUAGAUAACCAUGGCUUAGAUCCAGAGCUUCUUUGCAUUCUUGGUCGGAUUUUUAGUGAGCAAGCUAAGCUAAUAACUGAAGAAGAAAGAAGCACUAAAUUAGAAAUGAGAGCAUUUCUAUAUUAUUCAGCAGCAAUACCGCUCUUGAACCAACUAAAAAACAAUACUUUUAUUAAAAUACCUAAAAAGCGUAUCUUUGACUAUACACAUUCAGACCUUGGAUCUAAAGAACUUAACACAUUAAUUGAAGAAUGUAAACUUUAUGUGGCUCUUAUACAUCUCAGAGAUGGAGAGUUUGAAAAAGUGAUUGAUUUGCUAGCCAAUAUAAAAAGCCCCAAGGCCUUUUAUUAUCUUGGCGAAACAUACAAAAGAAUUGCUUUGGAAGAAAUAUCCAACUCGAGAGAAGCUGGAGCUGACUCAAAGUGUAUGUCAUUAUUAAUGAAAUCUAAACAGUUUGCUUAUAAUGCUUUGGAUAAAUUGAAACAAACUGAGGCUUUCAAAAGUACCAACUUAUAUUCUGAAACACAAGAUUUGAUUGGAGACAUAGAAGCAUGUAUAAAUAAAGUUGAUCCAGACUAUUCUACUCAUGUUAACAACAUAGAAGGGAAGUACUUAUCCGACGAAAACAUUUCUCUGAUUACCAGUGAACAGUUUUCUAUUCGACCUAACCAUCAUUUUCGCAAUAUCAGUUCUACACCUAAACAUCAAUCGCAAGCUAACAUUACCAAUUAUCGGUCUGCAAUAGACUCUCAAUUAUUAGAAAACAACAGGAUAGAUAAUCAGUACUUAGAAAGAAUUGAAACACAUAUAAGAAAUUUGCAAAAAAAAGACUCAAUGAUUAAUGAAUUCAUGGAACAAACGAAAGUAUGGUUUAAAGAAAAUAAUACGAUGGGAAAUCAAAUAAUAAACACCAUUCAUUUGAAUACAGAAAAUACUACUGAACAAUUUAAACUUCUUAAAAUAUCAAUUGACCAAGUUAAAGGUCAAAUAGAUGAAUGUAGAAACGAAUGUAAAGAUGUCGUAGAAUUAAAGAAACAAGUGGCUGAGUUAAAGAAAGAAGUGUUUAAGUUGAAGAAAGGAUCUUCUGAUCAAGCGGUAAAUGAAAGUGACUUGUAUAAUUUGGAUGAAAACUAUAGAACAACUGAGAGCACUUCAACAUUUACGCCGCACAUACCUUUUACACCAUCUCAGGUUAUACCACCUUUCACUCAACGUCUUGUACCUCCAUUCCCAAUGCCAUCUAAUCCAUACCAUAUGUAUGGGCAAAAUUUAUACAGUUUGUUCAAUCAGUAUUCUCAAUUUACUCAACCACAGUCUGUGCCAGGAGCGCAAUUAUUUGACCCUACUAGGGGUCAGAUGAACUACCCUAAUGUAUAUCCAACACCAGAUCAAAUGUAUCUGGAUGCGCAUCUUAUCCCUCCUAAUAUGUCCUCUGCAUCCACACUGCCAUCUGUGACAACGAUACCUACAGUGUCUACGAUACCUGUGUUGUCAUCUACAAUUAUAACAACUUCUGUUACCAAAGCUCCUUUGUCAACAACAGUUCCAACUUUAAAACCAACUAGUACAGUUGAUAUUAAAGACCCCUCGCGGUCACUACCGGUGAAUGUAGUUAUAACCUCAUCUGAUCCCUUACCUACCAGUGCCGCAAUUCCUGCGCCAGUAUUAAGCGUAACUGUCCCACCCCAGCACAUCAAGGGAAGUCCUCAUAAUUAUCAGAUACCAAUGCCAACUACUUCCGAAAAUAGGGCUUUAUCCCCGUCAAAACUUGGUUUUACGCAAGGGACGACUAAACAAACUGUAACUGCAACUUCUUCUUCCUUUUGGAAUCCAUCUAUAUUUGCCGAUACUCAAUCUACCGGUCUUUUUAAUAGCACUUCACAAGAAAAUUCCAACAUAGUCAGCGGUGUACCAUUUGACUCAUCGCCCAAUAUUUCUCUUAACAAAUCAAGAACAUUAUCAGAAAAAAGUAACACAUCGGUAGAGAACUAUGACCCUUGUCCGGACUUUAAACCAAUCAUACCUUUACCGGCUGAAGUAAAGGUGACAACUGGAGAAGAAGAUGAAGUUGUAAUAUUUAGCGCAAGAGCCAAAUUAUUCCGAUUUGUCGAUAAACAAUGGAAAGAAAGGGGUCUUGGUGAAAUGAAAUUAUUACAGCACAAAAAGACUGGCAAAGUAAGAGUACUCAUGAGGAGAGAACAAAUUCAUAAAAUCUGUGCAAAUCACAUAAUUUUGCCAGAAAUGGAAAUAAAACAAAUGAUGAAUGAGACGAAAGCUUACUUUUGGGUAGCAAACGAUUUUGCCGAAGAAACAGUUAUAUUUGAAAAGUUCUGUAUCAGAUUCAAAACUGCUGAAAUUGCGAAACAGUUUUAUGACACAUUUGAAAAGGCUCGACAAGAGGCUAUAGCUUCUUCAAUAACCACCACAAGUGUAAAUCAAAAGCAACCUGAAAUUUCACAAACUACGAAAGUCGAUUUGGAUCAAAAUAAAACCGUUGUUGGCGGUUUCACGUUUUCGACUACACCAUCUUUUAAAACUAUCAAUAAUGUGACUUCAAGUGAUACACCUACGACCCCACAAACAUCAAAAAGUAAUAUUUUUAGUACUUUGUCAUUCAAAUCCAACACCAGCACACAGUUUACUAACUUGUUUAAUACUACAACAAAACAAACUGAUUCAGUUUCACAAAAUCAGCAACAAACAGAAAACACAAAUAAAUUGAAUACUUCCGAUACUGUUGAAGAAUUUGAACCUGCAGUUGAUUUCAAACCUGUUGUGCCUUUACCUGCUUUAGUCGAUCAAAAAACUGGCGAAGAAGAUGAAAUUAUUUUAUUUGAACAUCGUGCAAAAUUAUUACGAUAUGAUUCAUCAACCAGAGAAUGGAAAGAACGAGGUCUUGGAAAUAUUAAAUUAUUGAUGCACAAAGACAAUAGUCAAAAAAUUCGUCUUUUAAUGAGAAGAGAACAAAUUAUGAAAGUAUGUUGUAAUCACGCUAUUAGUAAAGAUAUUACCUUCCAGAAAAUGCCAAAUAUGGAUAAAGCAGUAACGUGGUGCGCCAAAGACUUCUCAGAGGGAGAAUUAAUCCCUGAAACUUUCUGUUUAAGAUUUAAAACUGUUCAAAUAUGUGAAGAUUUUCUAAAAGCUGUUAUGUCGGCUCUUUCUAAAAUUGAUGAUUCAAAAUCACCUAAAGAGGGAUCGAAUGCUGAUAAACAAAUUAAUCACAGCAAUGGCGAUAAAAAAAUUCCUCCUCAAAUUGAUACGUCAUCUACUUGGGGUGAUAAGUUUAAACCUAAAGUUGGGAGUUGGGAAUGUAAAACUUGUUAUAUCAACAAUAAACCAGAUGUAGCGCUAUGUUGCGCUUGUAAUACUCCCAAAGAACCCUCAUCAAAAGCCGAUACCAAACCAAUUUCUAACAGCGGAAGUCAAUAUACUUUUGUAAUGCCUAAGACAAAUAAUGCUAUUUCUGGUUGGGGAGAUAAAUUUAAACCUAAGGAAGGUUCGUGGGAAUGUGACAUGUGUUUAGUAAGAAACAAUAGCGACGUGACUGAAUGUAGCGCGUGUAACAAACCCAGAUAUCAGAAUUCUGUACCCAAAGAAAACAAAUUAAUUGAUCAGAAUGCUGCCAUAAAAGAGAAUAAAUCAAUAUUUACAAACAAUGUUUCAAGUCCUAAAUUUACUUUUGGCAUUUCUCAUAAUCUAAAUGAUGAGAAGACUGUGAAAAGUGAAACAAAUUUGUUUAGCACGAAUACCACUCAAAAUUUUACCUUUGGCAUUCCGAGUGUGAUAUCUUUUGGCGAUCAAAAGACGAAUCCUAACGUUUUCGGUGCACCCAAAUUGGUUGAGAAAGAACAGCCUUUAAAUUUUUCCAUUAAAAGUGAUGACUCUAAAGUUUUUUCUGCUCCGAAACAAAAUGACACAAAAGGUUUUGGAUUUACCUAUAAACCACUGCAAACUGAGGAUAAAUCUAAAGAUACAGAAAAAAGUAAAUUUGUGUAUAUAGAGGAAGCAAAACUUCCUCCUAGUCCAUUUAGUAUUCUAAAAGAGGUUGACAAUGUUAGUGAAGAAGAAAAUGAGAUUUUAAUGUUUGGACAGAGGGCCAACUUGUACAAGUUCAUAUCGGGUAAAUGGGAAAAAUAUGGAGUCGGCAUAGUAAAAAUAUUAAAACCUAAAGAGAGCAAUAAAUUAAGAAUAAUAAUGCGACAAGACCAAGAUUCAAACAUUUGCUUUAACUAUAAUCUAACGUCUGAAAUUAAAUGCUCAGCGAAAGAUGAAAAAACUUGGCAUUUAACUAUUAACGAUUGUAGCGAAGGAGAAUCACGCGUUGAAAACUUUUGCCUCAAAUUUCCAAGUGCUGAACAUGCAUUGAAAUUCAAGGUCGCUGUAGACAUGGCUUGUAAUUCUCAAGCCGAAUACAAUAAUACUAAGAAAGAAAAGGAGACUGACGACGUUGUUUUCGUAAGUGAAAUACUUGCCUCCAAUGAAGACAAGCAAAGAGCUAUAGAGCUUAAACUGCCUGAAAACUUUUACACCUACAAAAGUAAGCCCCCGUGUCAAGGAUGUCGAGGUUGUAACGACGAAGAUGUUACAAGUGAACCAGCUUGUAAUUCUACAACAACAUCGUUAUCUAACACUACUGUAGGAGCGUCGGAAAUCAAUAUUUCCACUCCCGCGGAUGGUUCCAAACAAAGCCCAGCAAAUACGGCUUAUGGGACUACAGGCAUCUUAAAUGAAACUGCCGAUGUUUCUAUUUUCCGCACUCCUUUAGCAUUUGUAUCGAACACUUUAAAUGCAAGCAGAGCUAUUAACAAAGACAACACAUUAACUGAAAAGUCUAGCUCUGGAUUGUCUGAACAGAACUUGACAUUUGGAACUACAAACAUUUUUUCUCCUCAGCCAUCAUCAGUUACGAAAAAAUCUAUUUUAGCUCCACCUAAGUUAGAUACAGUGAAAAGUAAUAUAUCUACAGAAAAUAAAAGUAUGGAAUUCGAAAAUAAACCGAUACAGACAUCUACAGGUGUAAAUAGUAACAAAUCAUUAUUUGAUUUAUCAAGUAAUAGUAAAGAAAUGCCAAAGAAUUCUGAAGUCAAAUCUAUCUUUGGAGAUGAUCAAAAGCCCAUUAACCUCUUUAGUGGAAUGGGUCAAGGAAGUAUGUUCGGUCCAUCCGCUUUAAAAACUGAUGCACCAAAAUUGGGUCAGUUUAGUCCCUUCAGUACUCAGGGUCAAACAUUUAGUAGUUUUUUUGGGAAGGGGUCAAGUGAAGCAGUGACCAUUAGCUCCAAGCCUAAAGAUAAUAUAAAUCAAGCAACAGCUGUGACGGAAGUGACAUUAAAAGACAAUGAUGCAUCUAAAGAUGACAAAGAGAAUAAAGUGGCUGGAGCCUUAAAAGUUGACAAUGAGCUGUCAUUUGCCGCAUUAUCUUCAAAUGCAUCUGGAUUUAACAUUCAACAAAAAGCAGAUUUCAAAUGGGAAGGAGCUGGCCAGCAAUUAUUUACUAGUAAAGUGAAUAAAGAUAAGUCACAAGAUAAUGUUGAGGGCGAGUCAGAAGGAGCAGCCGCUGACGAGUACGACCCUCAUUAUGAGCCUAUUGUUCCAUUGCCAGCUAAAAUUGUUGUAACUACUGGUGAAGAAGAUGAGGUGAAGCUGUUUGGUGAACGUUGUAAAUUAUUUAGAUACGACGAAAAAGGUCGGGAAUGGAAAGAGCGUGGCGUUGGCGAGAUCAAAGUGCUAUUUCAUCCUAAACAAAUGACUUACCGCCUUCUACUCAGGCGAGAACAGGUGCACAAAUUGGUACUCAACAUGUUGCUGUUCAUGGACUUGCAAUUAUUGCCUAUGAAGAAUUCAAACCGCGCGUGGACCUGGGCCGGGAUGAACUACGGCGAGGAGAACGCCGCGGGCGAGCAGGAGAUGUUGGCCGUGCGAUUCAAAACGCCUGUUGGCGCUACUAAUUUCCAUGACAAAGUUGUUGAAUGUGUUAGGUCUUUACAAGCUGCAGCCGCGGAGGCUAUAAGAAAGGAAAAAGAAACCAUGGAAGCAAAAGGAAAAAUUGCGCCACUACAAGUUACCAGCGUCCCUCAGGCAGAGGUUGGGGAGAAAUUGGUUGUGACGAGUACCCAAGAGGAAACAGAAAGUCCUGCUACCAGUGAAACCAUCAAGCAACCUGUCAUGGAAACUAAACAAGUUCAUUUUGAUAUGGCUGAAGAAGGUUAUUGCGUGGAAGAGGAUGAAGGAAAUGACUACAGGGAAGAGGAUGAGGAUUACGAAAAUUAUGAACAUGAUGACUCUGAUGAAUACAAUGAGGAAGAAGAAGAUGAAACAGGAAUAUAUUUUUCAUGUGAAGGAGAAGCAAUAGUAGAAAAAGGCAGCAACAAGGAGAGCUGCCCGCAGGCCAACAUACAAGUGCUAUUUGACCAGAACUUGUACUCGCCCAAGAUCCUCGUGACCGACAUGAACACAGGCGAAGUGCUUGCAGACACACUCAUAUUUAUUGAUACUGAAUUCCAGCUUAAUGGUGAUUCGUGCACGUGGUCGGGUGUGGGCGAUGAUGUCAACAAGACUUACACAAUUAAUUUCCCGGACAACGAAACGGCUGUUUAUUUCUACGAUAGUUGCGAGACCAGUAAAACUGCUACUUGCUCUUCGAUGGACAAUGAAUCAUAAAAUGUCAGAAAUGUCCUGAGAAAUAAAAUUAUAAACACGCUACGCUAAGUAAAUGAUUGAUAGUAUUCAAUUCUAUUACUUUGUAAAUAGUCAAUGCUACAUUAAAUCCAUUUGUAAUCUUAAUUUUAAAUUAUUAGAUUUUUGUGAUGAUUUGACGAAUUAUUUUUUAUUAAAUCGGUGUUAUUUUACUCUAACGAUAAACUUAUUUGUUGU